AAUAAUGGAAGCAAAGUUUGGCAGAACAAAUUGUUUCUCCCAGGUAAAGAAGACUGGGAAACUUUCUUUCAUUUUUCAAGUUACAAAACACUUGAAUACUGUUGGAUGAAGAUGGUUUUAAUCUAACAGUUGGAAAUAUAAUUUGUUUGCAUACUGUUUAAGCGUUAAUUAGGAUAGUUAAGGACAAAAUCACAUGUAUCCCAACUAAAACAAGUGUACACCUCCUACAAGUGAUUCUCGUCGGCAAACCUCCCGACGGCGAAUCUGUCGCUCGUCAACCUCUAUAUGCUCAACCCUACCAACUCCUCCUCGACCUCACCGACGACUCUCUUUUUCGACAUGGCCUACUUCGACGGCAGCACACUGGACACAAGCAAUUAGAGUGGUAGAGGUGCUUGCACGACAUCUCGCGCGCCAAUGUUCCUUGCACACGGCGCUGUGCGUCUCCGUCGCAACCAGAGACUCAGUAAUUUCCACCGUUGGCAUUGACUCUAGCGCCACAUUCAACACCGGCAGAUUCUCCACCUUACCCAAGUUGUUGAUCUCAAUCUACGAAACAUACUGUAGCAGUCCGUCGAAUCCCGAUCCGAGCAGAAACUCCGACAUCCUCGACGACAGCGGCCCCUUAUUGUCAAAGCCACCAUAGUAUAGCUCGAAGCUACUCUCUUAGUCCUCCCCCGAUCCUCAGAGCCUGAACGGGGAGUGGUUCAUGGCGUUGCGGCGUCUCCGGCGGAACCUUGCCUUGUCGAUACCACGUCGGCAAUCGCCCGAAGGUGACCUUUUCAAUGGAGCUUCUACCAAACAAACUCACGCCGCGAUGUUGGAUCUCAACCUCAACGCCGAUUCCGCCUCCGACUUGCAAAUGGAGAGCUCCGGCAGCUUCAAUUCCUCCGUCGUCAAUGCCGCCGACACCGACGACUCCUGCUCCUACGGCGACGCCGUUGCCUACAACUUUGCCAUCCUCAACAACGCCGCCACCUCCGACGGGCUUCCCCUCGGCGCCGCCGGAGAACCGUCCGUUCGCACCAUCCAGCUCUUUCCGGCGGCCGAUUCGGGAGCCUCGGCGGCGGCGUGGCUUGAUUUCUCGUCGAAGGUGGAUCAGCACGGUGCUCCGCCGGAGCAGAGGAUCACUCCCCGGCAACAGCAGGUGAAGAAGAGCCGAAGAGGACCGCGGUCGCGAAGCUCGCAGUAUCGCGGCGUUACUUUCUAUCGCAGAACCGGAAGAUGGGAAUCGCACAUUUGGGACUGUGGGAAACAAGUGUACUUGGGUGGAUUUGACACCGCGCAUGUUGCGGCAAGGGCUUAUGAUCGAGCUGCGAUCAAGUUCCGUGGCGUUGAUGCGGAUAUCAAUUUUAACGUUAGCGAUUACGAUGAAGAUAUAAAGCAGAUGAGUAACUUCACGAAGGAGGAGUUUGUGCACAUUUUGCGGCGACAGAGCACUGGUUUUUCGAGGGGAAGCUCCAAAUACAGGGGAGUUACUCUGCAUAAGUGCGGGCGAUGGGAAGCUCGUAUGGGGCAGUUUCUUGGUAAAAAGUAUAUAUAUCUUGGGCUAUUCGACAGUGAAUUAGAGGCUGCAAGAGCGUAUGAUAAGGCAGCUAUAAAAUGCAAUGGAAGGGAAGCAGUUACAAACUUCGAGCCCAGCUUGUAUGAAGGGGAGGUAAUUUCCCAGUCUGAUAAUGAAGAUACCAAGCAAAGUCUUGAUCUGAACUUGGGCAUAGCUCCCCCUUCUUACUCUGAUGGUCAAAUCAAGAACACACCCAGCAACGGGAGUGGUAUGAUAGCUCCGCAGAGCUGGGAUGAUAUCCCUCUCGAUAAGCGAGUUAUGUUUGAGCACUCUGGAUCAAGAUCACGGACCAUUCAGCCACCUCAUCAUGGCUUCUCCAUAGCAUCUGGGCAACAUCCUUCCGUCUGGAAUGGUAGCAAUUUCUUUCCUAUCUACGAGGAAACAGCAAUAGAGAAGAGGAUGGAAGCUGCUCCCGUGCCAAAUUGGGCAUGGCAAGUCCAAGGUCCUUAUGGCAGGGCAACUCUUGCUCCACCCUUCUCUACUGCAGCAUCAUCAGGAUUCCCUUCAACAAUAAUACCAUCAGCUGCGGAUACUCAAAUUCGUUUUCCAAACAUGACAUUCCUCCACUCGCAUUUUCCAUCAUCAAUCACUAACUCCGGCACCAUAUCCCCUUUCUUCUUCGGUAGCUGAAUGCAUUGCUAGGUAGACCAAAGCAAUUGCAAAUCUUCUUGAUUUCACCAUAUGGUUGACAAACUAGUAGGACUAGUUACAAGUAGCAAUUGAAUUUGCUUGGUUCUACAGCUUUUACUAUUUGCCAUUCUACUAGUUUUCUUCAAUAUAUGUAAAGAAAUGCCAUGCCCCGAUGGCUUCUUGAACUCUGCUUUUACUGAUUUUUGAGACUAAGCGUUUACUUUGGUAUCUCCAACAUUCAAUCUCGGUGCUUUUCUAUCUAGAAAAUACUUGAAAAGAUGAGUUUGAUCUUUUUGAAGAGACGGAAUUUGUACAUAUUUGAACGCAUGGUAAGUUCAAUCCAUAUUUGUGGGUCAUUGUCGUGAA